GCAAGAGGAGGUCUUGUCGGUCGAUGUGCGCCUCCGCGCACGUAUUAUUACAGGGGGUUGAUUUCCGAAUUAAGACGCCCCUGGAUAUUUUUAGGAUCCCCAAGUCCCGGAAAAUAAUGUUCAAAAACUUACCAAAAUUAUAAAUAUCCAUUAAAAAGAUGAAAUUGAAAAUUUUAUCCAAAACUCCCGCAACGUUUUUCAAAAUCUGUAAUUUGCAAUAAACAAAAAAAAAACAAAAAAAAGGAAAUCGUAGCAAUCUUAGAAACCUAAAACCAGGCGAUAGAAAAGAUCGAGAGAGAGGAAGAAAAAAAAAGAACCUUCCUGGAGAAAGAGAACCGUAAUUCUGUGUGAACGGGGCUGCUACUUCGAAGACGGAAGAAAAAUCAUAGCAGAAAAUAUUCGGUACCUGAAAAUCUCUCUCUGCCGUUGGCUCGAGUGAUUGAAAAAUCGCCGCCGUUCUGAAAAGUUCCCUAACCAUAGCGAGCGAUUCUCCUCCGUUCUCCUCGCUGCUGCUUAUUCGGAAUUUCUCAUUCCCGGGUAUUUUCUUCUUAAUCUGUGACACAGACUCGGCUGUGAAAUGACGAGAACAAUGGAGUGUUACGAGAAACAGAACAACCACCCGAACCACGGGGGCCAAUUAAGUGACGGAGGGGUGUCGUACAAAACGAGCACGGACAGCCCAGGCCUAUGCGCCUUCAUCCUCACCUUCAUAUCUUAUUUGCUCAUCGCAGCUACAUUUCCUUUCUCAUUAUGCCUCUGCAUCAAGGUGGUUCAGGAGUACGAGCGAGCGGUUAUCUUCCGCCUCGGUCGCUUGUUGAAGGGCGGUGCCAAGGGCCCGGGUAUCUUCUUCAUCGUCCCCUGCAUCGACUCCUACAGGAAGGUCGACCUCCGAACUGUAUCGUUCGACGUUCCUCCACAAGAGGUCCUUUCGAGAGACUCGGUAACAGUGGCCGUCGAUGCUGUCGUCUACUACAAGAUCUUCCGACCGAUACAAAGCGUUACUAGUGUGUCGGAUUAUAGCCACUCAACCCGGCUCUUGGCGGCCACCACCCUGAGGAAUGUCCUGGGUACCCGGAACCUGGCUGAGAUUCUCAGCGAGCGUGAGUCCAUCUCAGCCACAAUGCAGAGCUCCCUGGAUGAUGCCACAGACCCCUGGGGCGUCAAGGUGGAGAGAGUCGAAAUCAAGGACGUCCGAUUGCCAGUGCAAUUGCAACGCGCUAUGGCUGCUGAGGCCGAGGCUGCCCGAGAAGCAAGAGCCAAGGUGAUCGCCGCCGAGGGAGAACAGCGCGCCUCCAAGGCUCUGAAGGAAGCUGCCGAGGUCAUCAACGAGUCUCCGGCCGCCCUUCAGCUUCGGUACAUGCAAACCCUGAACGCUAUCAGCGCUGAGAAGAACUCGACGAUCAUAUUCCCUCUGCCGAUAGACCUCCUCUCGCAUUACAUCAAAGACGGCAACGGCAAGAAGAAAUCCAAGAGCAAGAAAGACCUCUUGUCGGACGACGAAUAGUUAACACUAAAUCGUUCAGGAUACACGAGGGACGCCACUAUAAAAUGUACUGCCAAGCUAUAGCCUUGAGUUAGUUAUUUAUCAUAUGUCUCUCUCUCUCCUCCUCCCCCAACUAUCCCUCCUGUCAGUCAGUUUGAAGUAGGUUCUCCAAUAAAAAAUAAAGGAAAAAGAAGAAAAUGAAGAAGAGGAAGAAGAAGAUGCAGAAGAAGAAUGGAAGAGGAACGUAAGCCGACGAUGAUGAAGUUUCUUCUCUUCUGGAAUUCUUCUUUUUUCCGAUCUAAAGCUGUAUAUUUGUUGCUGGCUACUCAUGACACUCACAUGCUUUUAUUUUUUCUCAUAUACAGACUCACACCUCCUUUGGGAUAUUCCACAGAAUUUCUAUGGAAUGGUUGUCUGAGAACUUUAAAAAAAGUGCGUGAGUUCUGGAGGUUUCUUUGUCCAGAUAGUAAAGCCAUUGUCAUUGAGAGUGUACAGGAAUCGUUAGAAUUAUGAUUAGAUUAAAGCCAAAGACCAAUAAUAUUGGGUGCUAUGAACCUGUCAAUAAUUUUAAGGAACUAACAAAUCUAAGAUAUAUAUAUACUUAUAUAUCUAUAUAUAUAUAUAUAUAUAUAUAUAUAUAUAUAUAUAUAUAUAUAUAUCAUUAUAAUGAUAUUCUCAUAUGUAAAGUGAGUCGCAGUUGUAGAGAUUUGCCAGACACAACAUCAGUUUUUAAUCAAUAACUUUAAUCAGCAAUUUCCAAGUUAGCUUUAUGACUUAGUGUGCCACUUAGUGUAUGACUCAGGAAUGACUGUUUACGGUCCACGUCACAGAACCAUAUUUUGAGAAGAAGUGAAGUGUCGGAAGAGCACUUUUGCAAUUCUGAAGUUGGUGAAUUCUUGUGAAUGCCAUUUUCCUUUCAUAGUUUUCCCCCGCUAUCUUUUUUUCGUCUCGUAGGGCUCAUUUUGGAUGAAAAUAGCCUAGUAGGAUUACUGUUGAAAUAUUUGGCUUUAGGAUUAUACUUUUGAGACUGACGAAAUACAAAUUGGCAUACACAGGUGUACCAAACUCUCGACUUCCAGAGGAGCUCCCCCAAACAUUUGUUCCUGCUUUUCAAUAUGGCCGCCAGAUACGGGAUUCAAUCCCAAGGCAGAAUCACGAUUGUUAGAGCUAAUCUCAAUAAAGACUUUAUUUUUAAAGAUUACAAGAGGAUUAAAAGAGGCAGAGAUAAAAAAAUGUACAUUAAUUUUUGUUAAUGUAAUGUUUGCAAUAUGUUGAGGUUUUUCAAAAUAGCAUAUUAGCAAUGGUUCGUUCCUCUGAAGUUCGAAAUUUUCUGCAGAUGAAGUGGAAAUCUCAUAUCUUGAAUAAGUAGUAAUCAUGUUAAGUUUAAUAAACUUCAUUUCUAACGCAGAAUAAUUCGCAUAAAUCUGUUUUGAAUAUGGAGGAAUCCAAAACUGCGCUUAGCUCAGUCAUCUAAAGCUGCCAGAUUGCCUAUAAUCAAACUGAAUACCAUUCAUUAAUCGAAAAGAUGUAGUACUACCUUGUUUAUAGAUGAGAAAAGGAACGUACUACAAAAGUGUAUAGGAUCUAACAAAUGAGAGGCUUAUGACUUUGCGUAUACUUCAACGUGAUUAUGAACGCUAAUUCCCUUCGAGAAUGCUUGAAGAAACAAACUCCUGCAAGAAGAUGUAGCUCUAGACGAUCUGAUGUAUUUCUUUGAGUGGUCCUUGGGAUGAAGCCCGCAGAAUCCAAGAGACGUGGACGAAUUUACAAAGAAUUCUCAAGCAUACAAAAAAUUAGGAAAAAAAAUGAAGUUGGCCAACUCUUGUGUAUCCUGAAUCGACUCAGACGAAGAAGACGUGUGUUUUUGUGGCUCGACGAAGUGUCGUUUCAAACAAACUCCAUUUGUAAAAGAGAACCAGUUUUUGCAUAAUUAAACCUUCAAUCUCUUUCAUUUUAAUAUUUACAUAUAAGUAUAAGACAAGAACCAAAAGAGAACUGUAGAUAAGUAAUUAGAAGCUGCUAAUAAUGAAAAAAAGUGCUGAAAUAAGCAAGUGGUUAUCAUUACGUGCUAAUCAUGUGACGUCGAAGUGAAGCAAGAAUAUAAAUAAGGCCUUGGAUCUACUCGCAAAAACACCGCUCAUCGGUUUACGAAGCUUUGUGAGCUUUCAGAGAUUGCUAUUGAUAAUCACUAUAAAAAAAUAAAGGUUUCCUUAAUGAUUGUGGGAUGCUGAUAACGACCGACUGACGUCUUACUGAGCUCAAUGUAAUGUCUGCAUGCAUGCACAUUCAUGGAUGCAUAUAUAUAUAUAUGUAUUUCUAUAUUUGUAAGUGCAUGUACUUACAAAUUAUGAAGAAAUUGUAGAUCAUAUCGAAGUAGAUAUCACUCAUUAGCACCUAUUCCUCUAAUAUCUUCACUUCUAAUUUUAUGAAAGAUCUAGAGAUUUUAACAACUAUACACUUCAAACUAUUUUAAUUCAAGUACUGGGUGAUGAAUUAACAAGUAAAGGAAUUCUACAUUUCAUUGAGAGGGAUAAGGCUCUUCAAACCAAUCACAAAUUAUCAUCACUAAAGAGGAAAUGUGAUUAUAAUUAUAGGUAGUGUGUAUCAAACUUUUGUCUGUAAUAUUGACAUAACCCUAUGCAUGUUAAUAAGAACCAUAGCCAUAAAGUUGUACAAUCCUAGGAAAGUGAGAGCCAUGGUCACAGCGUUUUCAUGAUCAUUUGCAUAAAGACCAAUCACAAAAAUGUUAGCAUAAUUAUGUGCACGUUAGUACAAGUCAGAUUUAUAAUGUUUACAUAAUCUUCCGUAAUAAGCAUGGUUAUAAUGAUCCCAUGGUCUUGCGCAAGUAAGGUUAUCUUCAUUAGGCUAGGUAUGAGUUGCUGAGAACAUGACUCUAAUGCUUGCAAGAUUUUUGACAAGCAACAGCUACAUAAAAUGUUUACAUAAAACUGAGUUAGUAAAAACAGUGAUUAUUGUUAUAUUUUUUAUGGAAGUAACAAAGACUUGUACUGCCUGUGACAAAUAUUCUGUAAGAGAGAAAAGUAGUUAUGAUGUUUGAGAGUAAUUCUGUGCUAAGGUGUCUAGGAUGAAAUCUACUGCACUUAGAAAUCCAUGAUUCAGAUGUUUCAAAUAGAAUAAGUAAGAACAACAAAUAGAGAGACGACCGUCGGUUGGUAUCGGGUCCCCCAGUAGCAGUUGUGCAUAUCAAUUCUCACCACUUUGAGCCCAUACUCAUUUUGUGAUGCAACGGUCAUUUUUAAUAAUAAAAGAAGAGUAAUGUGGCAUUAUUAAGUAUACUGUACCGCAGCCUUCGGUCUCCGUUGCCUAGGGAAAGAUCCUUAACGCGUAAGCCGAACGUUUUUUAGAGUUCUUUAUUUUUAAUCCUUUCUUUUAUAUGAUAUAAUAUAAAAAAUCAAAAUGUGAAAAGCUUGUGAUUCCCGCUGUUCCUUCCCUAAGCACCGGAGUUGAAAUGCCGGAUGUUUCAGACCAUAAUAAUUUCUGUUGCACUUUAUAUACUUAUAUUAUCACAUAUAUAUCAUAUAUAUGUAUUAAGUAGCACUCGUUAGCAAUAAGAAGUCCUGAGCUUCGUUAUAAGGUUCCAUUGUAGUUUUCAGCAAAAUAGCUUUGCAGAGAUUGGAUUAGUAAUUGGCACAGUCAAUCGUUCUGGAACUAAAGUCUUUUUAGAAUUUAUAUUAAAGAACAUUUUACAAAAAGACAAAUCUAAACUCUAGAUAUCGAAGUUUUCUGCUUAUCAUUAUUAUUAUGAUUAAUGUUAUGUAUAAGGCAGAUUGUGCAAGAUUAAUAAUCCUAUGCCAGGUAGGAAGCAUGUCAUGACUUCAUAUAAUAAAGCAUUAUUGCAUGAGGACAUGACAAGAGGAGGACGAAGACGAAGAACGCCUCAGGUCCUGCAAUUAACCCAAAUUCCCCCUAAAAUUAACUCAAUCUUGUUCAGAGUGGCAGCCAAAUUUUUAGGCAUAGGACGUCCUCAAAGUGAUCCCCCUCCUCGGUUUCUAAGGUUUGAAAAAUACAUUUAGACUCAACUCCAUAAUUCUCUCUGAAUAACUUUCUGUAGCGUGCUCACGAGUCAACAAUUAGAAGAGUUGGUGUUUUUUUUUUCCCAGUAUAAAAGAAGUGAGGAAGGUAACGGGUAUAUUAAACACUUGAAGUGCGCGUUAUUCAUUAUAAUAUCAACAACACUCCUGUUCAAAGACUAAAAGAGUUAAAAGCUGGCGAAAACCGAGUGCAUAGGCAGGAUGUCCACCGAAAACAACGCGUGACGAUGGAAGUAAUAAAGUGCGCCACCUUAGAGUGCCACAUGAGAGUGCCGACCUUUGGAUCAAAGUAGGGGGAUAAAUACUGAGGACUGCAAUUAAAGUAUCUCUGAGAACGAUGCCGUUUGACGCCGAUGCCGAAGACCAAAGGCACAAAUUCCAGUGAAUAUAUUACGUGGUGUUAAACUUCUGAAAGUUUAUGCGCCCACUAGCCCCCAUUCCCAUCCCUCACCCCCGCGCCCCUUCCCCCUGCUCCCUUGUACAGAUAUAUAGUUUGUAUGAUCUGUCGACUCAUUUUCAAUUUUUUCCUUGUUGGAGAUUUUCCUGUUAAAGAUUUCUAUCAUUCUCUAUUAUUCUUAGGAAGGAAACACAACUCAACAGUCCUUUUUUUUUUAGAAAGGACCUCCACAGAAGAGACACUGUCAUAUCUUCCUUUUUUGGGUAGUUUAUGGAUAGAUCGCCGUCGAUCGCCUAUCAUCACACACUUGAUCACACAUUAGUUCAUGUACAUAAGAAGUUUACGAUAUAAACCUCGAAUCAUAUUAAAGAAUAUUGUAAUAGACAGACCUAUUUAAAUUUUAAAUAAAUAUGUAUAUCACUGUUAUCAUUUUUACUGGUUUGAAAUUAUAUUUUUUGAAACUUCUCACACUAUAAAAAAAUAAAGGCCUCGAGAAUUUGAAUAAUGGAUUUAUCGAGUAUAUGAGAACACUUUUAGUUGGUUUAUGGAAAUACUCUUUAGCUCACUGAUCAACACGACAUCAUCGAUUUUUUAGAAAUUUUUUUUAAACUGUGCGUGUACAAAUACAGGCCUAAGACCUAAGCCUCCCUUUCUUUGACCAAUAAAUGAUUAAACAAAUAAAUACCAACUAACGGAUGGAAUCUUUACUUUUUUAGCUUUUCCGGCGUCGAAUGACUUUUGUGAUGAAUAAGAAAGUCUUUGUUAAUAUUCUCUCUCAGAGCUAACACAAAUCUUGAAGCAUAGUUUACGUUUCAACGUCAUUUUUAUCUACCAUUGGCAUAGAAAUCAAAUAAUCUCACUAUGAUUGAAAAGCUUGUGGUUUCACAUAUUUAUAUGCGUGCUCGCAUAUAUAUAUAUAUAUAUAUAUAUAUAUAUAUAUAUAUAUAUAUAUAUAUACAUAUGUAUGUAUAUAUUUAUAUAUAUAUGUGUAUAUAUAUAUUAUAUGUACAUAACACGUAUUUUCAAUACCGAAACAAGCACGCAUGUAAAUAUAUGAACAAAUGAUCGGGAAGCUUUUAAAUAAUACUCGAGAAGAAAAAGAUUCCAUGUUUAAGAGUUUCAGAAGUCCCAGAAGCAUAAAACUAACUUAAAUGAAAAGAGACAUUCAUAAGAGGACCUUUUUCAGCUCUAGGCCUCGUUUUGAAAUUGCCCUAAUUACUAACAGUGCCUCAAUACAAAGGUGAAAUGUUAUGUCCCAUCAGAAAGAAAAGUCAACAUAGAAAAUUACACAAAAUUUAAUUGAAAGUAUACAAAUGCCAAUAAGAAUUUCUUAACAGUUCUAGUGAAUGCAAACGUGAGCACAAGAAAGCUAAAAACCUUGAGGCAAACUAUAGUAGGAAGAGGUUUUUCAAUAUCUGUGCAGGAAAGGAGACAUAACUUGAGCCUUCCUUGUAGUGUAAAAACCAGGGAUUUUAGAACAUAUAUGUAUAUAAAGGAAGAGACGUAAACAGAACCUUCCUAGUGUGUUCUAAAGAAAUAUUCCUUAGGUGAAGCAGAAUCAAAAAAAGAGAAGCGUGUAUAUCGUGAGGACUUUAAAAUAUUUUUAUAUUUCAGUGAGUAAUGAUAACGCAAAACAAGAACAAAACAUCGUCAUACAAUUGCUCUGGGACAUCUGAAAAGCCUUUUUCGCUUGUGAUAAGAUGACUAAUGAAAUUAAAUUUAAGGGAUUCUGUGAAAUCCAAUCAUAAAUAGAAUUUAGCUUCAGUUGUAUAAAAUUAUUUUGGUGGGCAGUAUUUACCGAUAUACUUUUCAGUUCAUAUAUAUAAAUAUAUAUAUAUAUAUAUAUAUAUAUAUAUAUAUAUAUAUACAUAUAUAUAUAUAUAUAUAUAUAUAUAUAUAUAUGUAUAUAUAUAUGUGUGUGUAUAUAUAUAUAUAUAUAUAUAUAUAUAUAAUCUAACCUAACCUAGUUAUUUUAUAAAGAACUGUACAAUGCGACAGACUGCCCAACCAAUACCGGGGAAAUCGGGUUCUUCAAUCGAAUUAUUCAUAAACAUGAAACAUACCGCCGUGUAUAAAAAAACAAAAACAAAAAAACAAAGCUCAGAUUAUUGAUACUAUUAUUAUUUCCAAGCUUUGUAAAUGUUCACAUCGCCUUCCUUAUCAAAGCUGCACUGCGACGCUUGUAUCUGUAUUUUGGGUAAAAAGAGGUCGGUGGGAACAAACGAGUAAAAAAAAUGAAAUAAAUUGUUAUAUUUACCAGACUUUCUCCGAGACGAAAUGCGACUCGAAGAGAGAGAGAGAGAGAGAGCGAGAGAGUGUGUGUUCUAAUAGAGCUUUUGGAGCAUAAUAUAUACUUAUAUAUAUACAUUUAUCCAUAUAGGAUUCUGUCUCUCCUCCUUUGACCCAAGGUAUGGAGUAUCUCACACGUCCACGAUUCUGUGUUUCUCUUUCAAUAUUACAGAUAUAUUUGCAAAUCUUGUACACCUUGUUUCACAAAAAUAAAGAAAUCUAAAUGAUUCUC